GUCUUUUUGCAUUACAAGAAGAGAAGAUAAUACUAGAUAUAGAUAUGGUGCAAGAGGAGAUGAUACUAAAUAUAGAUAUGGUGCAAGAGGAGAUGAUACUUGAUGUAGAUAUGGUGCAAGAGGAAUUGCUACAAGACGAAAUUGUAGAAGAAAUGCCGCAAGUUGAAACUAUACAAGAAGUUACUAUAUCACAAGAAUCUGCUAUUGAUAUAAAACAUAUUUUAUUCUCAUAA